UUGAAGAGUGACCCAGAAGCUUCGGUUGAUCUUGUAAUUCAUUUAAUUCCCAGCUUCUUCAGCCCCUACUAAACCACCGAAACCAGAUAAACCUGAACAAGUACUCAGUUAUUUCGACAUGUCUGUGGUAGCGGUCGACCAAGUUGAAACUACUCGUUUAGUAGUGAAAGAAACAGGCAAUAAAGUCAAUCUCAGGGAUUCGGCUCAUGCUCGUACUAAUCAUUACAUCAAGCAAAGCCGACCAUAUUUCCCUAACAAAAAGCUACCUACUUACAUCGAGUUCCCUUAUAUCAUACCAUUGUCUGCAAUUCUAUGGUUUGGUACCCUCUAUGGUGGUUACAGUAUCAUUUCUACUACUGAUGUUCCAAAGCAGCUUCCWAUUGGCUGUCUUGYUGUAUGUGUGAUUUUUUGCUUUAUUUUCUUCCAACAUGAAUGGGUGAAUCAAAAGUCACUUCCGAUCGUUUUAAAACAACCUGUMUUCGAAACCCAACGCAUGCUGAACACGUUCUAUGAGGUUACCGUCACAGAGCUCAAGGGAAUGGCACUUGAAAACUAUCGAUCUGGCAUUGGCUUUGUGCGCAUGACUCAAGGCAAGAUCAAGUUCCAGGCGUUUAACAAGAGAGCAACAAAAGAGAUGUCACGUGCACCGUGCCUGUCWCGUGUCAUGCUGUUUUUCUUUUUGCUAUCGUUUGGUUGGAAUCUAUAUUUCGUUGUGACUAACUAUUGGGAAUCAGGAUCCCAGUGAAAAUCAAUAAUCCAUCAGUCUAAAUUGAACRAAGUCAUAUUUUUUGAAAACUGGGGUACGAGGGAAGGGUGGGAGGAGGGCGUCUGGGACUAGGGUGGCUUACUAUCCCCUUUCUAAGAGUUAGUCAAAAAUAGAAAUCAUAAUAAAGAGCAGACAAACUUAAGCUUGAAAUAAAAUCCCCAAACUACAAUGAAGAACAUGCAUUAAGUGUAUUUUUUUAUUUCAUAUAAAAGUAUGAACUUACGGCAUGUUUGUUCAGAGUUUCUUUACAA